AUGGCACCUUUUGGCAAGAUUUACUCCUACCCAGGAAACUUCCGUGUCGAACGGGCUCAAGUCGUAGCUGCUUACAAUGGCCUCGAAGUGCCCUUAGCUGAGGACUUCAAGAUGAAUGUGGACAACAAAUCCCCUGAGUUUCUGGCCAAGUUUCCCUUAGGAAUGGUCCCUGCUCUAGAGUGUGCCGACGGCUUCUGCGUCGGCCAGGGCGGUGCCAUCGCCUACUAUCUUGCGCGUUCGGGACCCAAGAAGGACCAACUACUCGGCGCCGAUCCUAAGACCCAAGCUAUUAUCGACGAGUGGGUUUUCUUAGGCGAGACCGAGCUUAUCCCCAACAUCCUCCCGCCUACAGCUAUUGUGUUUUACAAGGGGUACACUCUGGACGAUGAUCGCUACAACAAAUGUAUAGCGGCUGCCGAGCGCGCUCUAAAGCGUGUCGAUGCCGCUCUGCAAGGCGGCCAGAAGUACCUUGUCGGUGAUAGUGUCACUCUUGCCGAUAUCAUGGUAGCAGGCUGUGUAUUCUUCGGCACCAAGGUCGUUAUCGACGCCGAGAUACGCAAGGAGAUUCCAAACGUCGUGGCGUGGGCGCAGCGAUUGGAAGCUCUUCCCGAGUUUAAGGCACUGGGCGAAUUUAACUUGCUAGAGACUCGCAUUAAGCCAUGA